CUGUUUUUGCUUCAGACAAUAUCCCAUACUCAAGAUGGUCCGAUUCAGUCUGGUUGCGCUGCUCGGCGCUGUUGGCAUCACCGGUGUCAACGCCGGUGCCCAGAUCCCCUCUUUCUCGAAAAACAACAACGCCGGCGUGCCUCUACGAAUCAUGCCCGUCGGCGCCUCUCAAGUCGCCGGCACUGGCUCCACCGAUGGCAACGGUUGGCGACAAAACCUCUACAACCUCCUCACCUACGACGGCAAAUCCGUCAGCUACGCCGGCACCCAGAAUUUCGGCAAACUGGUCUGGCCACUAAACCUCGUCGAAGCCUACCCAGGCCUCACCAUCAUCGAGGUCCUCGGUAAACUGCUCAACGACAACGUCCUUUCGCAGCAGAAGCCCAACGUCAUCAUCGCGACCAUCGGCUCCAACAACUGCGUCAAGCGCAGCAAGUCCCCCUACGACGACGGCGUCUCCCAGAUGUCCCAGGUUCUCGACCAGAUCCGCGACCAGCUCCCCGACACCCUGACCCUCGUCGCGGGCGUCACCCGCUGGCUGAAGGACAACCAGAACGACCCUUGCAUCCAGAAGGUCAACGCCGGCAUCCAGCAGGCGGUCGCGAAUCACCAGGCCUAUGGGCAGAAGGUCCAGUUCGUCGAUCUGUAUGAUGUCCUGGACCCCGGGGCGGAUUACAUCGGUGAUGGCCUCCACCCGAAUGAUGGCGGCUACAAGAAGUUGGCGAAGACUUGGUUUGAGGCGAUUUUGGCUUGGCAGGGGGAGAUUUCUGCGCCGCGGUAGUCUGGCUUUGUUCUUUUUUUCUCUUUCCCUUCAAUUCCAGUUCCCUAGAUUUUGAGGGGGGGACUUGGUGUUCUUUUUGACGAUUUUGCCGAGGUCUUGUUUGUUUUCCGUGCUUGGGCUUCAUUUUCGGGGGUUCUUUUUCUGGGACAUAGAUUUUCUGGGCGAACUCAGGCGGGGAAACUAGAUGCGAGGGACAUUCCAUAUAGAUAGAUGGCGGGCGGCGGCUCUUCUGGUAUUUUCACCAUGGGAUAUCUCCCCUUCGGAAUUUUUGGCAUCUACGGCACCUACAUUUGAUAUCGAAAAUCAUGAGCGAGUCUUUCCC